AAGGGAAACAGAGUCCAGCUCCAGAGUCAUGACGUAAAUGCUCUCAGCGCCACUUCUCUCCAACCAACAUAACCCAAACCAAAACUACACAAAGACAUCCAUUGCACCUGUCAAAAACCCUAAUAUCAGCAAAUGGCUCCAUAACUGCUGCAACUGAAAAAACCCACAACCGCAACAGACACAUACACCCACGCCCAGAGAGAGCCAUGCCCUACUCAGCCCUCUUUGAGGGCUAUAUAAUAAGAACAACCGCCAUGUCUCUCAAACCGACCACCACCUCAUCCCCCAUUUUGGCCUCUUUGCGUAGGACCCACAACCACCGCCACCACCACAUAGCUUCAGUAAGGCCGUCUUUUUUCGGUUGCACCAUGAGGAACAGCCGUUACCACACCCACUACCUUGCCCGGUCGCAGAAUUGGAAUGCGUGUUAUUAUCUGCCGCGUCACGUGGGGCCAGUGGGGGAAGUCACGUGCCUGGCCUCGUCGCGGGCGGUGGAGGCUGAUUGGAAGCAGAGGCAGUUGAGGAGUACGGCGGUGCCCUUUUUGUACCAGCAGAACUUGGGUUAUGGACGGUUUGCAUACCAAGACGCCUCCGCUAGUGAGGAUUCCGACUACGAAAGGGGUUCUUCUCAGCGCCAAUCGGGUGGUUCGACCCUUGAAAACAUUGAUGAAUGGAGAUGGAAGUUAACCAUGCUUCUUCGCAACAAAGAUGGGCAAGAAGUGGUGUCCAGGGAAAGAAAGGACAGACGUGAUUUUGAGCAUCUCUCAGAACUGGCAAAUAGGAUGGGUUUAUAUAGCCGUCAGUAUUCAAAAGUUGUAGUAUUUAGUAAAGUUCCUCAGCCAAAUUACAGACCUGAUCUGGAUGAUAAGCGACCGCAAAGAGAGGUUGUCUUACCUUUUGGACUGCAUAGAGAUGUAGAUGCUCAUCUCAAAGCCUAUGUAUCUCAAAAGCCAAUGAAGACAGGAAAUUUAUCAGAAUCUUCUUUUUCAAGAUCAAGCAGUAGUGGAAGUAUGGUUAAUGAUGGAGGACCUUAUGAGCAGGAGGAGCCCUCAAUACAGAAUAGUGAUGCCAUGGAGAAAAUUCUUCUGCGGAAAAGCUUGCAACUGCGUAAUAGGCAACAACAUUGGCAGGAAUCUCCUGAAGGUCAAAAGAUGCUUGAACUUCGUAGAAGCCUGCCUGCAUAUAAGGAGAAAGAUGCACUGUUAAAAGCCAUAUCAGAAAAUCAGGUCAUAGUUGUCUCAGGUGAAACAGGUUGUGGUAAAACUACACAGCUUCCUCAGUACAUUUUAGAAUCUGAGAUUGAAGCUGCUCGAGGAACUGCCUGUAGUAUUAUUUGUACUCAGCCUAGACGAAUAUCUGCCAUGGCUGUUUCUGAAAGAGUUGCUGCAGAGCGAGGGGAGAAACUGGGGGAAUCUGUUGGUUACAAAGUUAGGCUGGAAGGGGUGAAGGGGAGGGACACCCGCCUUCUUUUUUGCACCACUGGCAUAUUAUUGAGGCGAUUACUUGUCGACAGAAAGUUGAGAGGUGUUACACAUGUUAUUGUUGACGAGAUUCAUGAACGUGGAAUGAAUGAAGAUUUUCUUCUUAUCGUCCUGAAAGAACUUCUCCCUCGUCGACCAGAGUUGAGGUUAAUUUUGAUGAGUGCAACCCUAAAUGCUGAGCUUUUCUCUUCCUACUUUGGUGGUGCUCCAAUGAUUCAUAUUCCUGGUUUUACAUAUCCAGUCCGAGCACAUUUUCUGGAGAAUAUUCUAGAAAUGACUAGGUAUCAGUUGAAUGAAUACAAUCAAAUUGAUGAUUAUGGUCAAGAAAAGGCGUGGAAAAUGCAGAAACAAGCUCCAGGUUUCAAAAAAAGGAAGAGCCAAAUUGCUUCUACAGUUGAGGAGGUACUUGAAGCUGCUGAUUUUAGGGAGUACAGUCCAAGGACUCGAGAGUCUCUCUCCUGUUGGAAUCCUGAUUCCAUUGGUUUCAACCUCAUUGAGCAUCUGCUUUGCCACAUAGUCAGGAAAGAACGGCCUGGUGCUAUUUUGGUUUUUAUGACUGGUUGGGAUGACAUUAACUCCUUGAAGGAUCAACUCCAAUCUCAUCCCCUAUUAGGAGAUCCUAGCAGGGUCCUACUGCUUGCAUGUCAUGGUUCUAUGCCUAGCUCUGAGCAGAGGUUAAUAUUUGAUAAGCCAGAAGAUGAAAUUCGGAAAAUAGUUCUAGCGACAAACAUGGCUGAGACUAGUAUCACUAUCAAUGAUGUUGUUUUUGUGGUUGAUUGUGGAAAGGCAAAAGAGACAUCAUAUGAUGCACUAAAUAACACUCCCUGUUUGCUUCCAUCCUGGAUUUCAAAGGCUGCUUCUCGGCAAAGAAGAGGCAGAGCUGGUCGUGUUCAACCUGGCGAGUGUUACCAUCUCUACCCCAGAUGUGUAUAUGAUGCCUUAGCUGAUUAUCAGUUACCUGAACUUUUGAGGACGCCAUUGCAGUCUUUAUGUUUACAAAUCAAAAGUUUGCAACUUGGAAGUAUUUCAGAGUUCCUAUCUAAGGCCUUACAGGCGCCAGAACAUCUAUCGGUUCAAAAUGCUAUUGAGUAUUUGAAGAUUAUUGGGGCCUUAGAUGAUAAUGAAGAUCUGACAGUGUUAGGACGCCACCUGUCAAUGCUUCCUGUUGAGCCUAAACUUGGAAAAACGCUCAUAUUAGGGGCUAUCUUCAACUGUCUGGAUCCAGUAAUGACUGUUGUUGCAGGCCUUAGUAUGAGAGAUCCAUUCCUGAUGCCAUUUGACAAAAAGGAUCUUGCAGAAUCAGCAAAAGCACAGUUCUCUGCCCGUGAUAACAGUGAUCAUCUUGCUCUUGUCCGAGCUUAUGAUGGUUGGAAAAAUGCUGAAAGAGUGCAGUCUGGUAAUGAGUACUGCUGGAGGAAUUUUCUUUCUGCACAAACUCUAAAAUCCAUUGACUCUCUUCGGAAGCAGUUCUUCUUUUUGCUCAAGGAUACUGGUCUGGUUGAUCAUCAUACAGAAACUUGUAAUACAUGGAGCCAUGAUGAACACCUUGUCCGAGCAGUCAUCUGUGCCGGAUUAUUUCCUGGAAUAUGCUCUGUUGUGAACAAAGAGAAGUCGAUUGUGCUGAAAACAAUGGAAGAUGGACAAGUAAUGCUAUACUCGAAUUCUGUCAAUGCUGGGGUACCCAAAAUUCCAUACCCAUGGCUAGUUUUCAACGAAAAGGUGAAAGUGAAUUCGGUAUUUCUUCGGGAUUCAACUGGUGUAUCUGAUUCUGUGCUCCUUUUGUUUGGAGGCAACAUCUCCAGGGGCGGGCUGGAUGGGCACCUGAAGAUGUUGGGAGGAUAUUUGGAGUUUUUCAUGAAUCCUGCAUUAGCAAAUACAUAUAUUUUCUUAAAAGGGGAGCUUGGCGAACUGAUUCAUAAUAAGCUCCUCAAUCCCAAAUUGGAUAUGCAGUCUCAUACUCACCUCUUAUCAGCGCUAAGAUUACUGGUCUCAGAGGACCAAUGUGAGGGUAGAUUUGUCUUUGGCCGCAAGGUGCCAGUACCCUCAAAGAAGGCAACAAAAGAGAUUAAACCUGGCACCUUGACGGUUGGUGAUAAAGGUGGGCCUAAUAAUAAUUCCAAAAAUCAGCUGCAAACUUUGCUUGUCAGAGCCGGACAUGAUGCACCCACCUACAAGACAAAACAAUUGAAAAACAACCAGUUCUGUUCUACAGUGAUCUUCAAUGGGUUGAACUUUGUAGGGCAGCCUUGCAAUAGUAAGAAACAAGCAGAGAAAGAUGCAGCUGCUGAGGCUGUGCUUUGGUUAAAGGGUGAGAGGCAUUCAUCUUCCACAGAUAUUGACCAUAUGUCAAUGCUUCUAAAGAAGAGUAAAAAGACAAGCCAGAAAAGGACUUCAUUUGAUAGUGCUAAGUGGGGUUAA